UCUGUGUGGGGCUGAAGAAAUGCCGUGGGUCCAGUGCCUAUGCCAGGAGACCAUGACCACUGAUGAGGCCACCAAGACCGAAGGGGAGGUGCAGGCAGUGGCCCUCACUGAGCGCGGGGAGGACAUCACACCAGCUCAAGACCGAGGGGUUCUGAAGAUCAUUAAGCGACCUGGGAGUGAAGAUGAGUCUCCCAUGAUCGGAGACAAGGUUUAUGUCCACUACAAAGGCAAACUGGCCAAUGGUAAAAAAUUUGACUCCAGCCGCGAUCGGAAUGAGCCCUUUGUCUUCAGCCUGGGCAAGGGUCAGGUAAUCAAGGCAUGGGACAUUGGGGUAGCUACCAUGAAGAAGGGAGAGAUCUGCUACUUGCUCUGCAAACCCGAUUAUGCAUACGGCUCUGCUGGUAGUGCCCCCAAAAUCCCCUCCAAUGCCACCCUCUUUUUCGAGGUUGAGCUGCUUGACUUCAAAGGCGAGGACUUGUUUGAGGAUGGAGGAAUAAUCCGGAGGAUCAAGAGAAAGGGGGAAGGUUACUCCAACCCUAAUGAGGGUGCCACUGUGGAGAUUCAUCUGGAGGGAUUCUGUGGCGGCAGCAGGUUUGACUGCAAAGAUGUGAAGUUCAUUGUGGGCGAAGGAGAGGACCACGACAUCCCCAUUGGCAUUGACAAAGCCCUGGAGAAGAUGCAGAGGGGAGAGCACUGUAUUCUCUACCUCAGCCCACGGUACGGCUUUGGCGAGGCGGGGAAGCCAAAAUAUGGCAUCCAGGCAAAUGCUGAGCUGGUGUACGAGGUUACACUGAAAAGCUUUGAGAAGGCCAAGGAGUCGUGGGAGAUGGACACCAAAGAGAAGCUGGAGCAGGCUGCUGUCGUCAAGGAGAAGGGCACAAUGUACUUCAAGGAAGGCAAGUACCUGCAGGCAGUGAUUCAGUAUGGGAAGAUUGUGUCCUGGCUGGAAAUGGAGUAUGGCUUGUCUGAAAAAGAGUCAAAAGCCUCUGACUCAUUCCUCCUGGCUGCUUUCCUCAACUUGGCCAUGUGCUACCUGAAGCUGCGAGAGUACGCCAAAGCUGUCGAGUGCUGUGAUAAGGCACUGGGACUGGAUCAGGACAAUGAGAAGGGCUUGUACCGGAGGGGCGAAGCCAGGUUAUUGAUGAACGAGUUCGAGCUGGCAAAGUGUGACUUUCAAAAAGUGCUGGAAGUGAAUCCACAGAACAAAGCAGCAAAAUCUCAGAUCUCUGUGUGCCAGAAGAAAACGAAGGAGCACAAUGACCGGGACCGGAGGAUCUACGCAAACAUGUUCACAAAGUUUGCAGAGAGGGAUGCAAAGGAAGCAGCUAGCAAAACCGGGGUGGAAAGAGUAGCAGAGAAGGCAGCUUGUGAAAAAGGACUGAAAACUCCUGGUGCUGAAGAUGAAGAGGCUGAAGGACAUGUAUGAUGGAGGAGGAGGGGAUAGGAGAGCCUCCUGCCCUUGGCCCACACAGAAAAAGGUUUCUGCCAAACCUCGGAACUUGCCAGUGUUUUCUUGUAAAGCUUGUUACAGUUUGUGUGAUUGUGAAAGCAAAAAGAGCCCCGCAAAGAAAAACAAACCCUGUCCUACCGCCUGGGUGCGCUCGGGGACAGACCAGGAGCGGCGGAAUGCCAAGGGACCACCGCACGUGGAACAAAUAGCUUUUAAAGAGCAAGAAAAAGAAAAAAGUAAUAAAUUAAAACUCUUACGUCUUGGGACGUUUCCAUAGACAGCUUUUCCCAGCUCCCUUGGCUUUAUAUCCACUGUCAGCACAGCAUCCUGGGUGCUCUGAGAUGCGCUGGGAUGUGGGACAUACUCCUUGUACGCUGCAGUGCUGCCUCUGGUUGUAUCCGGCACACGACC